AGCGGAUCGAGAGGCGAUCGGCGUGGGACUUCGUGCGCCUCGCCCGCCCUUCCUUUCCGAAGACUGCACACCGGUUCCCGGGGAUGUUUGCGAGCCGCCAGCGAGGGGCGAUGGUGUGUCUCGCUCGCCAGGGCGCGCUCCAAAGCUCCGGGCUUCUCGUCGCCGCCAGAGCGCCGCAGGCUUAAGGCUCUGGCCAUGUGCCCGAAGCGGCUGGGGAACCGCCGGGGCUGAGCUUCAGGGGCUCGAGCGUGGACGGAGGGCGCGCGCGGUCGCCAGCAGCGGCCGCGGCCCGGCUCUCUUCUCCAGCGGCGCGCCAUGGUGAAGGAGGAGUGCAAAGUGCUGCUGGACGCGCUCAGCAAAGUGACCGCUUGUUACCGGCACAUGGUGCUGACUAUCGGGGGCACCUCGGACUCGCAGAAUCUGCGCGAGGAGCUGAAGAUGACCCGGCAGAAAGCGCAGGAGCUGGCGGUGGCCAAUCGUAACAAACUCACCACAGCCUUGAGGGACAAGACGGUGAGCAAGGAGGACCGGGCGGAGUUCGAGAGGCUGUGGGUCAUCUUCUCCACCUGCCUGGAAAUCCUGGAGAUCGAUAUGCGCAGGGCCCUGGAGCUGGGCCAGGAGUUCCCCCUCAACGUGCCCAAGAAGCCGCUCAUCCAGACAGGCAUGUGCGGCGGUACCUCCGGGGUGGCCGCCAGGGCCAUGAGUGUCCAGAACAUGAAAUACGAGGCGGAUAGCAACAUAGAUGUGGUGGAUUUGAAAGACUUGGAGAAUGAGAUCAACCAGGUGGGGGAGAUGAUGUACGAGAUGGAGAUGAAAGUCAGUGUGCCGCAGUGGACGGUGGAGGCCAAGCAGGACCCCGGGGCAGAGCUGAAAUCCACCAUCAGCGUGGGCGCCUCCUCUAUAGGCAUGAUCUCCGUGGAGGAGAACAAGUCCUUCUGUGAUAUUAGCAAAGUGCUGGCAGGCAUCAUUUUCACUGCUGUGCUUCUGAUCGCCAUCAUCCUGGCGGUGUGUGUAGCAAAACUCUCCUAAGGUUGGGAAUCAGACCCCUAAGAUUUUUUUUUCUUUUUCUGAAUUGGGAGGGGGCAAAGCAUUUGCUUCCCGAGGAAAAUAAAAUGCUAGAAUGGCCCUGUGUCCCGGCCAGACCUUAAACUCGGAGGCUGUGCUAUAUUCCACCUUUAAGUAACUAUCCAUCCAAGAUGCACCUCUGCUUGCAUUUCGGAAAGUCAUAGAGGCUUCUUGCUGGACCUUUAUGGGUAAUAAUAUAUAGGUAUGACAACUACCAACCACAGUAUGGAUUUGACUAUUAGAGAUUGGCUGCUCUCAGGAACCGGAAACAAGUCUUGUGUGUGAAUGGGCUCAGAGUGGUCCAUGUUUACAAGUUGGUUACAAAUUGCACAUAAGAUUUGGAGGUGAGAAUAAACUAGACAACAAACUGGAGAAAUUCAGGAAUUAAAUCAAAGGAUAUGUUUUCUCCCUUCAAAAUACGGCUUUUUUUAACCGCGGAAGCAAAGUUGAGAAUUUGUGUUUUUGGAAUCAAAUAGUAUAUCAAACUGAGCUAUUGGGGGUGGGGAGAGCUAACUGCACUUCUUGGCCCUGCAUACAGUAUGCAAAGCAAUUCAUGCUGGUCAAGUUUAAAUGCUUUAUAACGUACCACACUUAUCUACACACACACUUAUCUACUGCUUUGAAAACAUUUGAAUCCUGCUGCACUGAACUCUGUGGGAUUUAAUUCCAAGUUAAUAUGCACAAGAUCAUACUGCACAACUUGACAGUAUUUUGCAUGGAAGUUGAACAAUGGGAUUCAUGACUCAGUCAAGCUAGAGUGCAACAUGAGCAUUUAAGGUUUUAUUUACAAAAUAAGUCAUGCUAAAUUACAUAGGGCUUGCUCCCUGGUAAGUGUGUUGAAGUCUUAAAAUUUAAGGCUCCUGUGCUUAAUUAGGUUUACUGACUGCAGCCUUGGACUAAAACUUGAUAUGGUUUGGUAGAAGCAACUUCUGGUUAUUUCAGUAGAACUUGUUUUCAUCAAACAUGUGCCAGGAUUGGGAUGUCAAUGUGACUUAAUUCUUUUUAGUUUUAUGUGGCAGCAUGUUAAAAAUAAUAUUGAACAUAUGAAGCCACCCCAUAGCAAACUAGAACACUGGUCCAGCUAAUUCAGUGUAGUCUAUGUGGAUUUACACAGACCCUCAAGGGUUUCAAAUAGCUCUACCUGGAGAUGCCAAGGACUGAAGCCUUUAGUUCUGUGGUACACAUGAAAGACCUGAUCUCACACCGACAGUCUAAGGUUUACACAUGUGCACCUAUUACUGUUAAUGGGAUAGGUGCCUGCAGGAAUCAAGGAGAUUAGAAUCAAUCGUGUAAUCUUGUCAUGCCCAAGAAAUGGCACUAAUGUGAACGUGGAUGGCAUCAUUUGGGCCUGUACCUCAUACAAGGUUUUUAAAAGUAAAUGGUAUUUAAUGGAAUAUAAAUCUAGGAUCUGAGCUCUAGAAUCUGAGCUAAAUAGAACAAUUUAGCUUUACAUAGGAACAGAAAUUUAUCAGUAUCCAUUACAAGUAUCACUAAGAAGUGUUCUUUGUGGAAUUUAUAAUAUUUAGAACAUAUAAAUCCACUGUCUCAAGGAUUCACACGGCACAUCAAAAUUGCCUUUCUUCCUCUGUAGGAAAAAAGGCCCCGCUAAAAAUAGCUUGUAAUCUAAAGUAUUGUAGUUUAUUCACCCUGACCUUGUUCAGAUAACAUGACAACCCGUUGUGGGUUAAUUAACACUGCAUGCCUGCUGCACUGAGGGUUGUUGUGUCACUUGAACCUGAUCAGCCAGAAUUGAGGACUAAACAGCCCUUGCCUAAUCCACAACCUAUUGUAGAGUCAUGCAGUGGUUGUUUAACCCUCAUGCAGCCCGGACCAGUCUAGCGUCACGUAACAGAAAGUGUUCUAGUUAUGGGGUUCGUAUUCAUAAUGGUGGUUGGCACAUUUCACAACUCCUUUAGCUAUAAUUAACCCAAACAGCCCAACAGCUUGUCAAGAACAAUUUAUUCAACAUGCAAUUUUCUAUUUCACUCAUUCAAAACUCCAAACUUUCUUGGCAUUUGGAUAUUGACCUGUUUUGUAACAGUUUUUUCAAACAUUAUGUAUUUUGAUAGGUUAAUAUUUAUUGUGAGCUGCUUUAAACACAGUUAAGGGUGUCGUAUAAAUAAAGGCAGCUGACUAAGAAAGAAAAAGAGGGGCAUUGAACGUGCUUAACCUCUUUUGGUAGCAAUUUUUCUAAAUUUUAAACCACAAAAUUAAGCAAUUGAAGUGCAAGCCUAGACAUGUUUACUCAAAAGUAAGUGCCCCAUUUCCUUUGAGCCUUAAUUCUGAGGAAACAUGCUGAUCCCUGCACUGCAUAUAUGCAUAAAACCAUUUUUGUACAAUAGUUGAAGACUGAGUUAAUUUGAGAGAUGAGAUUUACAGGUGAGGCUUGUCUCUGUGCAAACUGUUUAUGUGCACAAGUCCUUGAAAGCAGUCAUUAACCCCCUGAGUGUAACCAAAGACCUUUCCUGCCACUGUUCAGUCGGUCCAUCAACUUCCAGGAUGCCGGCAGCCGACUGUACUGUCUGGGGCAAUGCAGAGAAUGGUAGGAAAUUUUUCUGUCUAAAUAUGCAUGCGGGAUUCCAAUUUAAGCCACUGUUCACAAGUCUGCAAAAUGUAAUUAAUAAGUGUAACCUUAAUAUUAUAACAUUUGAAAGUAGGUCCUAUUAAUUUCCAAGUAACUUCCAUAUUUUAAAUCAGAAUGCUAGUCUAAUACACUCACAACUGGAUACGUACCGUCCAUGCCUGUGAAUGUCUACUUAGGUCCCACUGAGACCAGCGGAUGCUUACAAUACUAAGAACACCUGGGAGAAAAUCAAAGAAAAUAAGACUUCUGAUUGUACAUGCCAUAGGAACAGGCUGCAGGGCUGUAGUGCAGCACGACCCAUGGAACACAGUGGACUUAAUUUCUGAGUCAACAUGUGUAAGAAUGGAUAUACAAGUGGAAAUAAGGGAUCUGCUUUCAUAUGCAUGUAUUCAGAUAAAAUUGGAAUGUGAAGUAGCCUGCAAAUCAGUCCCAAAGGUUUUGAAUGCAUUGUCUUUGAGGGCUACAUCGUUUCCAUAUUAGUUUCCUUAGAAUUGUUUGUUUAGGCUUAUUUACUUGUGAACUUAACCCUGUAAGUUAAAAAAAAUGAAAACUAAUAGAACACGUUUCAGGUUAAAUAUAUUCUCAGGUGGCCUUGUGUCCUACAUUUUCAAUGAAAAAUAUUUCCGUGCGAAUCUGUUCAGAAUAAGAGCCUGGCCUAUUUUUAGAUUGGACUGUUAAUCUUCCUAAAUCCAACUGAGUUGCCUAAAUGGGCUCAGGCCCUUCGUGUUGCAGGCGUGAGGGAAAUAGGCUAACAGGACAUGUCUCUCAGUUUUGUGGAGGUUGCAACCAGGUAAAAAUGCAAAGUCUGCUAACUCAGAAAUAAAUAGUCCUGUGUUUAGGAUUAUAUACCUAAUUAUCCUAAAGAUAUCAGAGGUAUUUAAUUGUUCACAUCUGCUGUUUAAUUCAAAAAUAGUCCUGAGGAAUGGGCUUGGAUUUUAUUUGGGACCACUGGGAUAAUGCCAGAGCUAUAUACUUCUCUUGGUGCUAAAGUACCGAACUCCAUAAAUGUAGAAAAACCCAAAUUGCUGCUAUUGAUCCAUCCACUGUUCACUUGACUUAUAGAAUCAUAGAAUAGUAGAGUUGGAAGGAGCCAGAAGGUCAUGGGGUCCAACCCCCUGCUCAGGGCAGGACAGCAAGUUAAAGUGUCCCUCUCAGAUGGCUCUAUUCAGAGGCUCCCAUCUUUGGAAUUGUAAGGGCUAGAUGUUUCACUUUAGUGUAAAUAAUAGAUCUUUUGUGGAAAAACGUUGCACUGAAUUAAAACUCUCUCCAGUGGUCUGCAGAUAACAUUGGUUAAAUGCUGAAGCAGUGGAGGGGGAGAAUACCAAUGUAGGAGAGUAAGUCUCCAUAUGUGGAUUGCUGCUAAUAGUAUUUUGGGACACAAUCCUGUGCAUGUUUAAAGGGGGGGGGGUCACAACCCUGCUACUUCCUGCCAUACUUGGUGGGAAAUGCUGGGAGUCACACGACUUUGUUUCUGUCUAAGCAUGCAUGGGAUUGAAGCCUAAAUCAGGAACUAAUUUUGUAUUCUUCACACAUUUUGAACUAAAAUUCAAGGGCACAACAUGAGUGUUUUUUCUGAAAUAACUUAUGUUUCCUUUAUGGAGAGCUAGUGGCUUUAUAGCUCCAGCAUGGAUGCACUGGUAUUUCUUGUUUGUUUUUGUAGAACUGUCAGGUUUAUGAGGUGUAAAUCUAUCCAUUUAGCAGGCAUACAGGAGUUAUUUUGCAAAUAAAGCUAGGUGUUACAUUCAUGACUGCAUAAGAUAUUGCUUGCAUAGGGAAUUACUUAUUCUCCUGUGAUGAUUUUGUAGUAACGUUUACUUGGAAAUACAUUCUGUUUACAUUAGAUGGGCCUAUUUUCAAGUAUGUUGAAUUGGGAGUAUUUUAUGUGUAAAUCAGGAGUAGUCUUUGUACUAUUUGCUCUCUCUCAGAUUUAGACUUACAUCUCAUUAACAUGCGUUUCUCAAGAUCAUCUCUACUAUCAUCUGAGCUUAUGUUAAUGUGCAUGCAGUGUAGAGACAGAACCAGGUCUGACACAGGAUUGUCGCCAUUUAAUUAGCGAAUGACCCCAGUGUUAAUCUCAAAUUUAUGCCCAAGACAGUUGUAUGUGCAAUGUGACUCAGGCCCAGCUGCCUACUGCAGUCUACUAAGCUGAGCAGAUGCAGAGGAGAUCAGUAAUCCACUAUCUUUACAUAGUCGUGCAGAAGUCAUUUUGACAAGUUCAGCCUGCUAUGCAAUAGCCAAUAACACAAAACAAUACUUGCUGAAAUUCCUCUUCUUUUAUGCAUCUAUGAAAAAGAUAGAAGACUUGUUCUCCUUUGCUUCUGCUCUCACUGUGGUUGUAAGAGCAGAAGGUAGCCAUUCUAACCAGCUUCUUCUGGGGAAUAAAUUGCUGGAUUGCAAUGGUAGCGCAAUCCAAAACAGAAACAGUUUUCAUGAAAGCCAUAAACAUUUGUCACUGACCAUAAUGGAAGCGCAGGACAUCUGCAGGCCCUUCUAUAAGGUAUUUAAAGCCUAAGGGACCAACUUUGAUUGUUGAACUAUGUCUUUUAAAGUGCAUAUAUUUAUCUAGGAGUACUGCAGCCACUAGAAAUAGGAUCUAUUGAAUACUUUACCAGUUAUUUUGUUCUGAAGUUUGGCUUCUGUUUAAACACACACACACACACACACACACACACUUUUACACUUACAUGUAAGGCCUGAUGAUUCUCUUAUGUUUACAGCCUUAGUAAUUUUUAUUAUUUUAAGAAUGUGUAUUUUCACUGAAAAAGGAAUGGAAAGUUGUUGGGUUUAUUUUUUAUAUAAAAUACAUUUUUUAAGUCACUGUAUAUUAUGACUCUGAUUAUGAUCCAAGAAUUAUAAAUAUCAGGAGUCUGGAACAAAAUAAUAAAACACUUUUGAUUUAUAAUAUUCAAAUGUUUGUUGGGUCCAUAUUACAGAAUUGUUUUAGUAAGUAUGUGGAAGUGUUAAAUUAUUUUAAUGAGCUGGCAUCAUUCCAUCUGCACAAGAGUGUUGCUUUUAUGCUCAGAAUAAAGCCUGUUACUAUUAUUUAUUUAAAAUAAAGUCUGUUCUGUUAACUUGC